AACGCUCCUAAUAAUCGUAAACCCAGUAGUUGUGUUACGGACGCGGCGCGCGCGCUCGUGUGCGGUUAAAAAUCCAAGAUGGCGGUGUUCGAAAUUUGAAAUGUGACAGAUUUGUGUUGGUGUGUCUAAUUUGUUUAUGCGUAAUGGAUGUUGCCAAUUUAUUGAAGCUACGAGGUCCCGAGUUCCGGACGCAAAAAAUUUCAUCAACGGAAAAAAUAUCUUGGACACCCUCCAAAAAUUGUGACACUUUCACAGUGGAAAAUAGAUUUAUAUUCCUGGAGAGGGAUUAGGAAAUAGCCGCUGGAACCGAAGUUUGUGUGACAUUUCAUUUGGACCACGUGUAGCGACGGAAAAACACGAAAACACGAUCGAAGUUUUCAUAAAAUACACAAACAAUAUUUUUAAUUACGAAGCUAAUAUAAAAGUACCAGAUUAAAUAGAAUUCAAAACAUAAACGGGUAGUCGACAGAAUUAACAGAUCAAUGAGUUCUAAACCCGACUUGAUAAAAGUGAAGUGCAGUGAAGUGGUUUGGAUGGGAAUCAGUGAAAAUGGCGACAGAUACGAAUUUAUGUGUGCUAGUGAAGUUAGCGCUGCUACUGAGCCUGAUUAGGACCAGCGAGGAGAUCGUGGAAGCGAGUGUGAUCCAGGUGUGGUCAGCCCCAGGCGCGCAGACUCGCCUGCCAUGCGACCUGGCUGCUUCAGUUCACGAGGUCGCCAUGACGAUGUGGUUCAAGGAUGGAGACAGGAUGCCCAUUUAUACUGUCGACUUCAGAAACGGCCCGCCAGUACACUGGGCGAUAGCCGGCGAGUUCGGCACCAGGACACACUUCGUGCUGAACGAGUCUGAUCCAUCAUCAGCUCACCUCGCUGUGGACAAGGUGGCGCGGUACGAUGAGGGCAUCUACAGGUGCAGGAUCGACUAUAUCAACUCUCCCACCAGGAAUUAUAGGGUCAACCUUACUGUGAUUGUUCCACCAGAUUCACCUCGAAUAUACGAUUCUGAAGGUCGAGAGAUCCUGGGCUCAAUAGCUGGACCAUUCAGAGAAGGGCAAGAUCUACUAUUAUCAUGCCAAGCUUCGGGGGGUAAACCAGCACCGGACGUGUCUUGGUACCGUGGCAAGGAACGUCUAGCGAUAACCAAAGCGGGCUCCGUCUGUCAGAUACACUUGCCCGCUCUCUCGCGCGAGAUGUCGGGGACGAAGCUCCAAUGCAAGGUGGAGCCGCCACUACUGCAGCCGCAGAUUAGAGACGUCACUCUUAAGUUGUAUUUGAAACCUCAAUUUAUUCGAGUGACGGGUGGAGGUCCCACUCGGUCGGGCCAUGAGCGGUCGUUCGUUUGCACCACACGGGGUUCCAAGCCAGCCCCCAAUAUAGACUGGUUCAUCAAUUCACAGCGAAUGGAUUCUGCUUUGACUCAGGUGGAAGUAGAUGGUGAGGUCACAAAGAGUAUCAUGACGUGGCGAGUCCGAAGAGAAGACAGUGGUCGCCAGCUGGUCUGCCGCGUCUCCAACCCCUGGUUUCCCGCGUAUACCCUGGAAGAUUCCCUGACUUUGGAAGUUCUAUACCCACCAGUUGCGCAGAUCUCCCUAAUAGAGCCCAAAGAGCCUCGUUUGCUGAGAGAAGAUGAAGACGCAGAGCUCCUCUGUUCUGCUGACGCGUCUCCACCAUCAUACAACUUCACCUUCUAUAAGGGAAAUGAGAAUCACCUCAUCCGAGAUGACCCAAUUGGAGGGAUAGCAGUGGAAGGCAACAAGCUGAUUCUGCGGGGUCUAAGGAGGCACCACUCCUCAAGAUACCGGUGUCGCGCCUGGAACUCUGAAGGCAGCGGUCUUAGUGAACCCCUCACUUUGAAUGUUCUAUCUCGUCCAGAAUGUUCUGCAGGAAGCGUGGUGCAGCAGAUAGCAGGAGCUCCAGGGGGUGAGGUCAGAGCCCGGUGCUCUGUGUCAGCACCGUCGGCUAGGGAUGCUGGGCCGUUGAGAUUCUACUGGACUUACAAUGGGACCAAGGAUGUCUUACCUAUACCACCAUCCAACGUAACCAUAAUGGGUGCGACAAGUUCCGUUAUCCACGGUCUGCCGUCACCAGAUGAUGAAGAUGAUGACUUGGGCUGGUUGGCUUGCUGGGCAAGCAACGAUAUUGGCAAUCAGAGAGAGCCUUGCUUGUUCAGGAUUAUGCCGGCAGCACUCCCCGAGCCUCCAAGCAACUGCGAGAUAGAAGACGAAUUCCUCCGCUGCGACCCUGGACACGACGGUGGCCUGCCUCAGCGAUUCAUCCUUGAGGCGCUGGAGGUACGCCAACAAGAACCCGCGAUGGGCGAUGACUCUACCAUGAACGAUCAGGGGUUUUCUGGAAGAGGUCUAUCAGAAGCAGUAUACAGAGCCAGCAACGAUGUGAUGCCCCAGUUUCCUCUCGAUGCUCUAUCUCCUGGGCGAUAUACUUUCCUGGUUUACUCGGAAACUCCACGUGGAAGAUCACAGCAUCCAGCAGCCUUGCAUAGCAUACCUAUUCGGACUAGCGAUGAUUUGGAUGUACCAGGUUCACUCCAAACUAUGACACCGAUGCCUCCACAACCACCAUCAAGUGAUAACGGCGUGGCAUUGCUCGUAGGAGCUUCGUUAUCAUUAGUGCUGCUUACAAUACUGACGACUUUGUGCGUCACGCUUGUUGUGAUUUGCAAGAAAAGACAAAGCCCGCAAAGAGAUCCAGAACAAAAUACAAUCUUGCGUCGAAGCGUUGGAGUGUCAAUGUACAGUGGGUCCUCAAUUUCACCGAGCAUAGUUCCAACAGUCGUUGUGAGAGGUCACAGAGGAUCCAGAGUGCUGGCUGCUAGGUGGUCAGGAGUACUUGAUGAUACACCACUCGCUGUGCUGGCAUUAGAUACUAGACCUCAUGCUGAUACAGAUUCCGGUCACAGCGACGGUGAAUUAUUACAAGAAACAGAUUUGUCAAGACAUGAUGAUAUGGAAACACAAACUGAGUGAUACGAGGAUACAAGACACAAUGGUGAUAAUGUAAAAGAUAAAAUAUAAUGUGAGAUAG